AUGGCCGAUGGUUUCAACCGCUACAAUAGCGGCACGCAGUAUUACUACCAGCAAAACAAUACCACCUCCGUGCAUCAGCGAGAUCGACUUCAUCACCGCGCCGGCUCUCCCAUCACCACCACACGGGGACUGUUCCAAUCGCACAACGACACUCCCUCUCCGAACCGCUCCCCGGGCACAAACUCCCCGGCCCACACCUCGUACAGCAUGUACAACAACCAAAAUCAUCGGCAGAACCAUGGCCUGCUCAAUGGCGGCGCUGGCCACCACAACUUCCAGCCGCAGAUGAACCUGAACAAAGCCUUUCAGUCACACGGCCAUCAGGCACACCAUCUGAGCAACCACCAAGAUCACGGCAGCGGGCUGGGCAGCCACGGCAACAACUUCGGCAAUCACCAACACACCAUCUCAACGAGUACCCUCUCCAAUGCCACGCCUCACUUCACGCCCGCGCAUCUUCAGAAUGGAACGUCCGACAGCUCUAGUGCACUGAGCAAACCUCCGAACAAGCAUUGGGCAGAACAACUCCACGAAUACGAAAAGUUGAGAAAUGCUGAUCACAAGGCACACUUUUACGCCCGGACGACGCCUUCUGUGAGCAGGUUCCCAGGAAACUCCCCUUCAACCAACAACCAGCGCACGGAUGGAGAAGAGCAUGGAGACAGGAGACGCGUCAUUGACGAGUCGGAUGAUAUGGGAUCGUGGGAUGCAAUGGACCUCUGCGGGCAAGGGCUCAAAGGACUGGCGCCUGCGCUGUUCAAGCACUACCCAAAGCUGCACAAGAUAUAUCUGAACUGGAACAGGCUGCCCGAAAUUCCUCCCCAAAUUGGACAAAUGCGGUUUCUCACAGUCUUGGACCUCUCAAUGAAUGAAUUGCACGUGCUCCCGCCAGAGAUUGGCAUGCUCACAAAUCUCAAGAAACUCUCGCUCUAUGACAAUAACCUGGAAGAUUUGCCAUACGAACUUGGCUCCCUUCAUCAGUUGGAGAUGCUUGGCAUUGAGGGCAAUCCCAUGCGACCCGACUAUAAGGAGCGGCUCGUAGAGCAUGGAACUCAGGAGCUGGUCAGAUAUCUCCGUGAGCAGGCACCUCAACCGGAGCCACCGCUUGAUCGGGCGUGGAUACCGUUGAUUGAGGAUUCGGCAGAGGCAGACUCCUUGAGCGUCCUCAGCUGGAACAUCCUCUGCGACAGGGCCGCGACAGCUGCCAUGUACGGCUACACACCUUCAGAGGCUCUCUCCUGGAACCGCAGAAAGUGCAUGAUUCUGGAUGAAAUGCAGGGAAGAGACGCCGACAUCAUGUGUCUCCAAGAAAUGGACAUUGAAAACUACAAUGAGUUUUUCCGGCCCAAUCUGGCUCCAAUGGACUAUAAGGGAGUCUUCUACCCAAAGUCACGAGCGGCAACCAUGGCAGAAAAGGAAGCCAAGGUGGUGGAUGGAUGUGCCAUCUUCUACAAGAACGCAAAGUACAUCCUGCUCGACAAACAGGUUGUUGUCUUUAGCCGAGAAGCGAUUUCACGACCGGACAUGAAAGGCGAGCACGACGUUUACAAUCGAGUGAUGCCCAAAGAUCACGUCGCGGCGAUUGCUUUCUUGGAGAAUCGACAGACUGGUUCCAGACUGAUCGUCUGCAAUACUCAUCUCACUUGGGAGCCAUGGUUCAGUGACAUCAAGAUUGUACAAAGCGCCAUCUUAAUGGAGCACCUGACGAAACUGUCCCAGACGUACGUCAAGUGGCCGGCGUGCAAGGACAAGGGUCUUUUCAAGUACGCAAAUGAGGAUGCCGCCGAUGGAGCGGAGGUUUUGAACAUUGAGCCCGCGCCGUCCAUGAAGUACGAGGAKCCGACGCAAAUACCGCUCAUCAUGUGUGGAGACUACAAUUCCACCCACGACUCGGGGGUGUACGAGCUCAUCACCCAAGGAUCUCUCUCCAACUCGCACAGCGAGCUUGGCAACAACAACUACGGAGAUCUCACCCGCCACGGAAUGAGCCACCCUUUCAGCCUCAAAUCCGCCUACAGUGGGAUUGGUGAACUGCCCUUUACCAACUACACCCCAGACUUCCGAAAAGUGAUUGAUUGGGUCUUUUACUCCACCAACACGAUGCAAGUCACCAAGCUUCUGGGAGAAGUGGAUCCAGAGUACAUGCGACGAGUUCCUGGUUGGCCCAAUCACUAUUUCCCCAGCGACCAUUUGCCAUUGAUGAUGGAAUUCGCAAUCAAGGAGCGGAAAGAGCGGAAAGCGGCUGUCGAGACGGAUUUCGGGCCUUCAAGGCGCGAGACACGGAAUUGA